AUGGCCAAACCUCCGCUUCGGCCCCCACGCCGACGUGGAGGAUCCAAAUCCAAGUCGAAAUCGAUGUUAACUUGGGCCCUACUCCUCCUUCUCAUUGCUGCCGCCCAUCCUCAAUCCAUCCAUCAAUCCGACUCGGUCCAGAGACUGGUGGCUUCUACCCAAAGUGUCCGGCCUGAAUCCUCUCGUCGUCCUCCGGCUGGCCGCAGCCCAGCAGAGAUCCCUCUCCUCAAAAACGAUGUCACCACCGUCAAAUUCAGAAGCACCGAUGAAAACCCCGAAAAUCACAAACUCCGUGCCUUGGCUCCAGCACACGAUAGCAGUAGUGCUGUUAGAGCACCUCUUGUUCAGUCUGCCGAGUCUUCUGGACUCUCAGCGCUCCCUUCAGCGCGGCUACUGCAAGAUUGGGAGGUGGAGAACAUUGUCCUACUAGCCACCAUUGAUGGCACCAUACAUGCACGUGACAGAAAAUCCGGCAAUGAAAGAUGGUCACUGGGUAUUCCCAAUAGUCCCAUGAUUGAGACUAUCCACCACAAGUUGAAUCGGAGUGACCCUGAACACUCUCGAAACGAGGAUGACUACGUGUUCAUUGUCGAGCCGAGCAAGGAUGGUAAUCUAUACAUUCAGCAUCGAGAUCCCAGAAUCGGCCUACAACGCUUAGGGAUCACUGUCAAAUCUCUUGCGGAGCAAACGCCACAAUUUGUCGAUGAUCCGCCUUUGGUUACCAUUUCUUCACAGGAGACAACUGCAUAUGUGGUGGAUGCUGCUACGGGAACAAUACUGCAACAAUUUGAUAAAAACCAUGGGUUCUCUAAUGAGGAUCAGGGCCGCUGUCGACGAUUGAGUGGCUUUGAGCUCGACGACCCUGCCUGCGAACCCAUCGGUACCCUCAAUAUUGGCCGAGUCCAGUAUACAGUUCACAUAUCGCACAAGACCACCAAUGAACCUCUAUGUACAAUCAGGUUUGCCGAAUGGCUACCGAACAAAGGAGAUAGCGAUCUCCAGGACCAAUAUGUCACCCCACUGGACAGUUAUCACAUUCAGAGUCGUUAUAACGGUCGAAUUAUUGGCAUUAAAAGCAACACCGAAUCUGGCCAAAUCCCCCAGUUUACCCACAUGCUGGAAACUCCUGUGGCCCGGGUUUUUGAUGUCAUUCGCCCUCUUGACAAUCGCGACGAAUCUGCCAACCUGGUUCUCCUCUCUCGGCCAACCGACUCCCCACUUCUCUCCUCUCCCGAAGUUUGGAGGAAUGAGAUGCAACGAGCUGAAAGGGUUUUUGUGAACCGAACAGAAGCGGGAAUCUGGUAUGCCAUGUCCGAGCUGUCAUAUCCUGGUGUCACCAGCGGCGCCGCACCUGCAAGCUCUCAUUGGAAUUAUGACAAUCAUCCUUUGGAUUUCAAUGGCGACAUGGAGGAAAUUGUCGGAGUACAUGUUCUUUCUACACAUCCAAAUGAUGCUCCGCUACGCCUGACAAUCUCCGGCCCUCCUCCAGCGACCGAUCUGGCCGAAGAAGCUGAAAAAGCAAUGACCUCCCUCGAGUCCAAGUUCCCACCGUCCCUGUUACCGGUUAUAAAUCAUCCUUUGAUGCCAGUUUUCUUUCUCAUCGUCUGUAGUGUGAUCUUCUUUGCCGUGGGACUUCAGAUGAGGCUGCCAAUGAUGUUGAAGAUGCAAAGAUUCCUACGAAAGGCUGGUGUGGAGGUCGCAGUGGAAAGGGCUCAACCCCAAGCCGCCGCUCCACAUACAGGCAUGACUGACGAGCAAGAAAUCCCCGUCAUUGAAGUUACUCAAGAAAACGUGACUCCCGGGACCAUCUCCGAAGUCCUCGAGAAUGCAGUUCCUACGCCAGCCAGGAGUCGAGCCCAGAGUUCCGCGGUUUCUGCUGUCGGCCCUGCAAAGACGGCCAAGGCGCUGGACCCCACUGAGGACAGUUCGGAAGGUGAAUCUGAAGAUGACAAGAGCAAACAAGAUUUCGAUUCCAACGCAGCGGCCGAGAAUGGCACCCAACCCCGCAGGAGGCAUGCUAAGCGUGGCAAACGAGGGGGCAAAAAGAAUAAAAAGUUGAAGAAGACCAUGGAUCCAGAAGCGAUGGACGAGAGGGAGGAACUUGCCACCGAAAUUCCUAUCAAGGAUGGGCUGCUGCAGGUUGGUCGACUGAGAAUUGACACGAAAGAAGAGCGAUGCCUUGGCCGCGGAAGCAAUGGCACAGCAGUGUUCCCCGGAUCACUAGACGGUAGAGAAGUUGCCGUAAAGCGCUUGAUUCGUUCGUCGAAUAAUCUUGCUGCCAAAGAAAUCAAGCAUCUUCUCUCAAGUGAUGAGAAUCCACACGUUGUCCGAUAUUUUGGAAAGGAGGAGUCACAACACUUCACAUACAUUGCACUCGAAUUGUUCACCACUUCACUCGAUCAAUUCGUUGAGCGCCCGCUCCAAUAUCCCAACCUGGUCAAGCUGCCGGAAGGGUUCGAUGUGAAGGAUGCACUGCGUCAAAUCACGGACGGUGUCCAACAUCUUCAUUCUCUCAAACUUGUGCAUCGGGACAUCAAGCCCCAGAAUGUCCUGGUCAAGGCCGUGAAAAGCAAUCGUCCGGCGACUGGGCUACCCAAAUUGCAGUUCGUCAUUUCCGACUUCGGUCUAUGUAAACCAUUGGAAGAAGGUCCAGAAUCAGCCUUCGCUCCCACCGCGAAUCAUACAGCCGCAGGGACGACGGGUUGGAGGGCACCGGAAUUACUUGUUCAUUCUAGAACAUCCGUUGCGGCACCGAAUGCAACAUCCACCACUCCCAAGUCAACAACACAUUCUAGUGAUGGUGCCGUUGUUGAUCCUCCAUCUGGUCGCCGAGCAACCAAAGCCAUCGACAUCUUCUCCUUGGGCUGUGUUUUCUAUUAUGUGAUGACCCAGGGGCGGCAUCCGUUCGAUGUUGGUGGUACGAGCCUUGGUCGAGAUCUGAACAUCAAAGAAAACAAGUUCAGCACGGAAGAUCUACGUCUCCAUGACUACCAAUACGACGCCGAUGAUCUUAUUAUGCAGAUGCUGAAACACGACCCCAAAGAUCGCCCCGACACCGCCCAGAUCCUUCGUCACCCGUACUUCUGGGAUGUCGCGGACAAAUUGGAAUUCCUCUGCGAUGUAUCAGAUUGCUAUGAGCGCGAGAAGAACUCUGUCAACAACAUCUUCGACGAGAACGCGAUCCGUACAUCGGCAGAGAAAGAGGCGCUCGCCGAACUCGCAGCCCUUGAAUCUUUGGCCCCGAACGUCAUCGGUCCAUCCAAAGACUUUCUUCGAGCCUUACCCAAGACUUUUCUCUAUGAAAUUGGCAAGCAGCGCAAAUACACAGGGUCGAAGAUGAUUGAUCUCCUACGUGUCAUCAGGAACAAGAAGAAUCAUUUCCAUGAUCUGCCUGACGACGUCAAGGAACAAAUGCUCGGUGGUAGCACAAAGGGUUACUACGAGUUCUGGGCGAAGCGGUUUCCGAGCCUGCUCAUCAAUUGUCAUUGUCUUCUGUUGGAUAGGGAUUUAGUGGCGCGCUUUAGGAUGGAGAGGUAUUUUGAGUAG